ACAGUUCCUCCCCUGUUUCCAGUCAUUCAGCUGGUUCCGUCUGUAGCGGUAGCUCUUGUCCGAGGACACUCCAGCCCACUCCAGGGUGUCAGACCUCGAAAGUUACACCGAAGAAACAUGCUGAGUAAACAUUAGGCUGUCCAGCAGAAGGAAAGCGCUAUUUUCCACACCCGAAAGCAGAAAGUUUCCGUCAGUGCUCCUUCCGAGAUCAUUGACAGUCCACCAUGUUGUCAAGGUUGAGGACAUCCUGGUCCCUGAGGCCCCGUGUCUCCGUUUGCAGAUGGGCAUACACCAAAGUAAAGGGAAGACCCCUAAUGCUUAAUCCUCGCACCAACAAGGGUAUGGCCUUCACCCUGCAGGAGCGACAGAUUCUGGGGAUUCAUGGUAUGUUGCCUCCCAAAGUGGAGUCUCAGGACAUUCAGGCUAUGCGCUUUCAGAAGAAUCUCAAGAAGAUGACAGAUCCCCUGGAAAAGUACAUCUACCUGAUGGGGAUCCAAGAAAGGAAUGAGAGGCUUUUCUAUAGGGUGUUGAUGGAAGACAUUGAGGAACUAAUGCCCAUUGUUUAUACUCCUACUGUGGGAUUGGCUUGCACACAGUAUGGACACAUAUUUAGGAAACCAAAGGGUUUGUUUAUUUCAAUUCUGGAUAGAGGACAUGUCCGCUCCAUCCUAGAUAACUGGCCAGAAACAAGUGUAGCAGCCGUAGUAGUAACUGAUGGAGAACGUAUUUUAGGCUUGGGAGACCUGGGUUGUUAUGGAAUGGGCAUACCUGUUGGGAAACUCUGUCUUUACACCGCCUGUGCUGGCAUUAGACCUGAGAAAUGUCUUCCUGUGGUGAUAGAUGUUGGCACAGACAAUGAGACUCUUCUCAAAGACCCCUUCUACAUGGGCCUGUAUCAGCGACGGGAUCGGUCUCAAGCAUAUGAUGACCUAAUUGAUGAGUUCAUGGAAGCAGUUGUGGAAAAAUAUGGACAGGACACACUGAUUCAGUUUGAGGACUUUGGGAAUCACAACGCAUUCCGCUUCCUUCGGAAGUACAGGGAAAAAUACUGCACCUUUAACGAUGAUAUUCAAGGGACUGCAUCUGUAGCACUGGCUGGUCUGUUAGCAGCUCAGAGGGCCAUUGGCAAACCCCUCACCGAACACCGUGUUCUCUUCCUGGGAGCCGGAGAGGCUGCUCUUGGUAUUGCCAGUCUGAUUGUGAUGGCCAUGAUGGAGUUGGGACUUACCCAAGCAGAGGCCAGAGAAAAGAUCUGGAUGUAUGACGCUCAUGGUUUACUCGUGAAGGACAGAGCACACAAAACAGAUGCCAACCAGGAGGUCUUUCUUCACGACAGUCCGGGGACAGUACAGACCUUCCUAGAUGCUGUUAACACUAUCAAACCCACUGCUAUCAUUGGUGUGGCAGGAGCCGGGCCUCUCUUUACCCAUGAUGUCAUCAAAGCCAUGGGAUCCUUAAAUGAGCGGCCAAUUAUAUUUGCCUUGAGUAAUCCAACGAAUAAAGCAGAGUGCACAGCAGAGGAAGCCUACACGAUAACUAAUGGUAGAUGUUUGUUUGCUAGUGGCAGCCCGUUUGAUGCAGUCACACUGAGCGAUGGUCGUGUGUUUAUACCAGGACAAGGGAACAAUGCUUACAUCUUCCCAGGUGUUGCUAUGGCUGUGGUCCUGAGUGGAGUGAGGCAUAUCUGUGAUACUGUAUUCUUGGAGGCUGCCAAGACGCUUGCUGAGCAGCUAUCAGAUAAAGAGCUUGCAGAGGGAAGGCUCUAUCCUCCUCUUUCCAACAUCAGAGAAGUUUCUCUUCAGAUUGCUGUCAAGGUGAUGGAGUUCGUCUAUGCCAAAGGCAUGGCGUUCCGUUACCCUGAACCUCUAGACAAGAACGGCUUUGUGCGUGCCACUGCGUGGAACACAGACUACGACUCCUUACUGCCAGAUACUUAUGAUUGGCCAGGUGUUAGCUUCAGUCCUAUCAAAUAGAAGUCUACAUCUACACAUCCUCAAAGUGGCCAGUGUCAUGGUGGACCCCCUUCCCCUUCUUUCAUUUUUCACCCCAAUUUUUUUUUUCACUGAAACAGUUGCUGAUGCAAACAUUAGUUUGUGUCAAAGCUGUUGCACUGGAUCUGUGAGAACUGGAGACUAGAGACAGACUGUAGAAGGAGCCACGGCUUCUCUUCACAAGUUAAUACUGUUUUAAUGUCAACUAGAGGGCCACCUGGUGGUGGAAAGGUGCAGUGUGUGAUACCUAGUGAAAUUUAAAUACCCUUUACAUUUUUUCUUCGUUUGAAAGUAGAAAAAAUGUGAUAGUGUUAUUUUUGUUUAUUUACAUUUUAUGUCCCGCAAAACUUUGAUCAAACACUUUAAACACCUCGAUAGCAAUUUUGUAAGAGAAAACAAGAAAUACUGCAACUAUUUUAGUUUAAAAUGUGAAUCUUUAACAAAACGGUUAGACAUAUAGUUAUUGUUUUCAAUACAUCCUUUUUUUUAAACAUAAGAAUACAUUGGCUACUGAGUAAUUGCCCUAAUUCUAUGAAAACAGAUUUCACCAGGUAUCUGACAGAAUAAAUGUAACCCAAUUGUUGUCUGCACUCCAAAUGAACAACUAUUUAUUAAGCACAAAUUUCGUUCAAACUUUUUAACUGCAUGCAGAUAUUUCAACCAAUGUUGUGUUAACACUCCUUUAGUAAUUUUAUAUUAAAUUAUCCAUCAUCUUAAAACAUUUCCUUGAAGAAAAUAUAUUACCCGUAUUAGUAUAACAUUAUAGAAUAUACAUUAUUUUCUUAAGGUAAUGUGCACUUUUUGACUCCAUAUUUAUGAUCAUUUCUUUUUAAACUUUAAUAUCUCUCUUUUUUGUUCACAUACAAUCGAGCAAGUUGAGAAUCUAGGCUUUUUUUUAACCCCAGAGAUGGCCACAGAGAUUAAAAUUGCAGCUCACAGCAAUUUAUUUUUCAGCUAAAUACAGCAGAAAAAUAUAUAUAGUAUUGCUAAAAGUCAAAAUGAUAAAGAUGAUUUACCACUUAUGAAAUACAUAAACAAAUAUCCAGAUUUUCACAGAUGGAAUAACUGUACAAAUACACACAAGUACAAAUAUAAUAAACCUUGUUUAUUAUAAAACAAAGUGUCAGUUGUGUUGUUAAAUUACCUAAAACAAUAUUACCUAUUGUUUUACAAUAGGUAAACAAUAUUACCUAUUGUUUUAGGUAAUAUUAUUGUCAUGCAUUUUACCAAAAUUGCUUACAACAUACUGUUGACAGCUGAGAAAUGGUCUGAUGGAACAAAAAGCGACUUUGGUUUUAGUAUCGAAUGGUUUUCAAUAUUCAGUGUGCAGCUUUUUCUCUGUGCAGCUUUAUGAUGUGAUGUGUUGCUAAAGGGAAAGUGUUAUUUAUAUUUGUAAAUAUAUACAUGCACAAAUUAAAUUAAUCUGAACUCAGACCCUCCGUCGUUUCCUGGCAGUAUUUGUCCAAUGUUGUGUUGCUGAUUUUUUUUUUUUUUUAGUAUUUGUGCUACUUUAUUUUAUUUAAUAUGUUGGUAAUUUUACUGAACUCUUAUACCAAACUGCACUGCAUUCUGGGAAAUGUAGGUAGAGGAAAGGCUUUAUCCACUCAGUCUCCUACCCAGCUAAGCAAGGUGGGUGGCAACUAACUCGGAGGUAGCAGCGAGUAACUUGCGCAGCAGCAGUUUUGUGUUUCGCCACCGUGCCUCAACUUCUUAGAACAACGUAGAGUGAUAAAAUGAAGGCAACAGCUUAAAAGGAAAUUGAGAGUACAGGUCCCAUCACCAGUUUGGCAGUAUUUCAGAUAUUUAAAACAAAAAAACUAAUCAAUUGUCAAUUGAUAUGAAUACGCUGACAUAGUCAUAUCGCCCAACCUAGUUGAUGUA